AUGUACAUAUCAGGCAUUCGCUGGGCAAUCAGGUUGCUCACCACCCUCGCCUACGAUAAAUCCCGCCUAACAAAACGUAUCGUCGUCAAAGCGCGAUCCAACAACUGCUGCAGGCCGGCGAAGAACACGGUUGGGUCAGAUCCGGGUGCCAUCCUGGCCGUCUUGAACCGCCUCAUAGCCUCCUGGCGGUCGGCCGGUGUGUCGAACUCCGCUGCAAGGACCUCCUUCGCGGCGGCCCAGUCCAUCUUCCGGGGGGCCACUUCUGGCCGCAUCCAGGGCCGCCUUAGCCCGGCCCCUGAGGAUGGUCUUCAGCGCUGCCAACUUACCCUGGUCGGUCUCCAGCCCGGCAGCCUCCGCGACCUCCUAAAAGUCCUCCAGGAAGGUCCGAACAUCCCCAUCCUCAAAGGGGUGCCGCCACGGGAUCUUCAACCUUAUCCUGGCGACGGCACCAAAUGA